AUGCUUGUUUUAGGGAUAGCCUGCGGUGAACUGCUGCUGACCUCAAAUCUAUUUGGGGUAGCCAAUUUCUCUCCUGUAUCUCGAAUAUCGUACCAACUGAAACAUGAGGUGGCCUGGUGCAACAUGUUCAGUUGCCUGGAAAAUCACAAACGAGAGAUUCAGCUGGGUUCCAGGUCUCCGUUUGACAGUAGGCCAAAUCAGAGCGAUGUCUGUCAGUUUCUUCCAAGUGCGACUUCUAAAGCUCCAUUGUUCCAUCUGGUUACGCCAUGUGCCACGCAUAAAAGUGUCAUAAGUGCACAGAAAGCCCACAAUGGCGAGCAGACACAAGUCACUGUCUGUGACCUUAGGAAGUCCCAGUACAAUAACAGCCUUGGCGGAUUGAGGAAAGCAGAUCCCUCAAUAAGAAAUGAUCAUCGGUUGGUGGACCAAAAUUCGACAUCACAACCGACUUCACGUAGGGCUGAGAUCAUGGCGAGGGAACCAUCAUUAGCACCAUACUUCUGCUUCUUCUCAUUCCACAUAGUCCCUCUCCACCCAUCCGAGACUAUGCUUACGUUUAUAACAGUUGCUCGGCGCUCCUGA